AUGUUCUUCAUAUGGGUGGCCCUUGUCCUCCAGUCAGCCAGAAGUGCUGAGUACAAGGCCAGCCACACUGUGGCAGCCAACGGUGAUAUAGAGUCACUUCAAGCAGGUCCGGGCUACGUUCGAAGAGAAAGCCGCUCCAGCCAGGAUGGAAGCUUUGUUCACCAAGAGCCAGCUGUAAGCAAGGUCGUGGUGAGUGCAACGGAGGCCGUUUCCAAUUUGACCGUUAAGCCUGGUAAAGGAGAUCAAAUGGUGGGCGUUUGGAAGGAUGAAUCAAAGGAAGCAUCUACAGCAAUGUCCUUGUCCUUCUUGGCUUCCUUGGGUUUCAUCUUGUCGGUCUUUUACAUGGUCAACAGUGGCAACGCCGCUUUGAAGGUAUCGACAUGGAAGAUCUUGGUCUCCAGCAUCUCUCUUUUCUCGGUGGUGCUUCUCUUCAUGGUUUUGAAGAAAAGUUGGAAGAUGAUGAUGGGGACAUCAGAGUCAGAUGAGGCGAAGCUGAUCAGCGACGUGAUUUCAGCCAUCCGAUUCUUACUACUUUGGUUCUUGGUGCCCUUUCUGCUGAAGAGGAAGAUGGAGAAUGAGACUCUGAAAGAAUCGAUCAGACUGAUAGGUGUACCUUUGCUGGGCUUUGCAGGAGCCGAUGCCUUCACAGAUAUUCUAAAGCAAGACGCCUUCGCCUCAAGUCAAUACAUCUACCUGGUCGGUGUCCUUUGUGUCUCUGUGUUGCUUGGAGCCUUGCAGUGGGCCACGCGGAAAUUGAGGCUUCGGUGGACUUCUUCAGGUGAUGAAGCGGAGGGAGCGGGCGCCGGAGGGUGGACAACAUUGGUGGAAGACAUGGAGCUUGAAUCUACGGCGUUCAUCGUGAGCUUUUUGUUCUCGAUGUGGGCACGCUUUUGCGUCACUGGUGCAGUUCCAGGUGCCAGAUAUAGCCGCAAGAUCACUGGAGAUGAUGUGAAUUGGCUCUUUUGCUUCGUGAUCGUCGUGGUGGUCCUCGCUGCUGCAGCUCUUUAUGUGCCUGUGCCCGGAGCCAACGAUUUGGAGGGCUCGUUUUCUGUAUUUUGUUGUUUGCAGUUCAUGAUCUCAAGCACCACAUUGCUGCCACCCGUUGAGGGAGAGCUUCAGCAGCCUUUUCAUUCAGAAGCUGAUGAGGACCUCGAUAAGGGUCCUUUGGAUGACCUUUGGCUGGCUGGUCUUCUUCCUCUGCCAGUGGCUGCUGUGGAACAUGACGGCAGAUGA